UAAGUCAGAAAUAUAAAUGUUCUACAUUAUGGAGAAGUUAUUCAAUGUUACGUUGUAUGUUGAAUUUAAAACAGAGCAUUGAUAUUUCAAAAUUUGUGAAAUUGCAAUGUUUAUUAAAAACUUUUUCGAAAGAAUACAAACCGAAGAAAUCAAAAAUACUCGAUUUCGAACAAAUUGAUAAAUUCUUGAAGGAAGCAUCAAAUGAUACUUAUUUGGAUAUGAAGGUAACAAUAUAUUCCUGUUGAGCUAUGUACGCUUAAUAUAACAACUUUUAGGUAGUAUUAAUCAUGGGGUAUGCCGGGGCAUGCAGAAGGGUAGAGCUCUGCAAUAUGAAGGUUCAAGACCUUCAAUUCAAGAACGAUUGUAUUUUGGUCACUAUACCAAAUACAAAAACUUAUAGUUCCAGGCAAUUCAUUAUUUCAGACCUAUUCUGGUCGAGUCUGCUUAGAGAAUACUAUAAACUGAGGCCAUCACAUACAGGGCAUGAUCGUUUCUUCAUAUUUUAUAAAUCUGGGAAAUGCAGUGUGCAACCUAUUGGCAUAAAUAAAAUAGGUGGAAUGCCAAAAAAAAUUGCCAAUUUUUUGAACUUGCCUGAUUCAGAACUUUAUUCUGGACAUUGCUUCCGUAGAAGCUCAGCUUCCCAUUUAGCCAACAGCGGAGAAGAUUUAAUGGCAUUAAAGAGGCAUGGAGGAUGGAAAAGUUCAGCAGUUGCGGAAGGAUAUGUUGAUGCAUCUUUUUCAAAAAAACUGGACAUUUCUAAAACUUUGUCAACUCAAUUGAACAAAAAUGCCCAAGAUUUUGAUAUACCUCGGACUUCGACAGUUAAUAUUUCAGAAUUCUCAACUCAAGAAAUCAAUAUUACUUCACAACAUCCAGUACAUGAUAAUCAGCCUUCCACUUCUUCAGCAUGUUUCAAUCAAGCUCUAUAUAAUAAUGAAACACAUCAGAAUAUACCAGGAAUAUCAACUUUGAAUACUGGUUCAAACUGCAAUAUCACGGUCAAAAUUUUCAAUAAUUGUACAAUUUCUAAAAUUGAAUGAAUUCCUAUUUCGUUAUAAUACAUUAUAUUUGUUCAAUGUGUAAUUACUGCCAGUACCCACUCAAUUAACACCAUUCAUUAACACUUUCAAAGUGUUUCUUCAAAUAAUAUAUAGCUGAUAAAGUCAGAAUAUUUAAAACUAAUUUUCUCCUGAAAAAUGUGAAACUCGGGUAACUUCAUAGUAUAAGGCAAGAAUUAUUCACUGUAGUCUAAAAAUUUACCUACUAAAUCACUUUAUCGUCUACCAAAAUCUCUUUGAUUUGUUCGAAUGUUAAAAAUCAUACCAACUAUCUUCAAUAUUACCUGAUGUAUAUAUUAGACCUCACAACAUGUUAAUGUUCAUUUUAUUUUGGAUUCUUCCUUUCAAAGUUCAUAAAUUGUUCAAAAACCAAGAAUGUUUUGCUAACUAACGAAGAUCAAUGAAUUACUCUCCAACUAAAAUUUCCAAUGUGUAGUGGCUUAUUGAAAUUUUAAUUGAUAUCAUAACUCAAAAGUAUUGUCAGCAAUUUAAUUUUCGUUGGCAAUGUGAAAGAUAGUACAUCUUUAUAGCUCCAAAAUUAUUUUUGGAAUGCACAGAAUCA